UAAGAGUCAAUUGUCACCUGGAUAUCUUCAUAAGAAGAAGCUGAAGAAUGGACAAGUGCAGCGUAUUAUCAGCAGCCCUGCUGUUCCUUUUUGCUGUAUAUGUGACAGGGCAGAAUUAUAGGGGGCAAGAAUACAUUUUGGCAAAUAACAAAUGCAAAUGUGUCAAGAUUUCCUCAAGAUUUGUCCCAUCAACAGAAAUACCAGGAGAAGAGAUUUUAGAAAGAAAUAUUCAAAUAACGAUUCCAACAAGUAGCAGAAUGAACAUUUCAGACCCUUAUUCACCACUCAGAACACAAUUUAUUUAUAAUUUGUGGGACAUCUGCCAAAAAUGUGAUCCAGUUCAGCUUGAAAUUGGUGGGAUACCAGUUGUAGCAUCUCAGGCCAGCUGUAGUAAAUCGGAUGACGAGUGCUACACCUAUGACCGUAACAAGUGCUACACUACCGAAGUUAACUUCAAAUACAAUGAUCAGAUCAUAAACAAGAAAGUACCAUUGACUCCUGAUUCUUGUCAUGAUUAUGAAUAAAACAUGAAAAUACCUGGCAUUUGAGAAAUUUGGUUAAAAAAGCAAAUUGACAAGUACCAUUUGUUUCUGCUUUGGAGCUUUUCUUUUUUUCUUUUUCAUAACUUUAGUUUUUUUUUAUGUACAAUUUAAUUGAUUUUUGCAAUAAAGGCUUUUAUACACUAUGCAAAUAAACUCAAAAAACUUU